AUGAUGAUUGGCAAUGGACUGGAGAUCCUGAGCCAUACACGCGUCACCAAAGUGUCAUAUUCCACUCCGGCUCCUCAACGCGAAGAGUUUCAAUCAUUCGUUCAGUUGAUCGAAUUCGAAAAGCUCAAGGAUCAGUUGCUGGAUGAUACAGUCACGGCGAUAGAACUGAGGCUUGAGUCUUCGGAAGCAGAGGUAUCAAAUAUCCUUCCGAGGGACUUUUUACUUGGCACAACAGCUCCAGAUGGUCAUACGAAUAGAUAUUUGGACCACGCUUGCAGAAUAAGUAUCAUCAUCCAUGAAGACAGCUCUAGGAUUCUCUACCCACCCUACACCGAUGAUGAUUCCUGGCCGCCCAAGAUAUUACUGUCAGAGAUCCAAACACAAGACCACAUUACUAGCUCCGCCAUUCUAGUUCAAGUGCUUGAUAAUACGAGGGCUUCAUACAUUUAUAAGCCCAUCGAAAGACCUUUCUACGAACAAUCCGACACCACGGUGAUCCUACAAGAACUAGAAAACCUGAAACAGUGUCGCGGUAGACCCUAUAUCGCGCAACUCUUUGCCGUGAUUGUUUCCACCAACCCAUUCCAAACAAGGACAUGCGCCAACAACCAACAAGUUAUACGUGGUUUCCUAUUGGAGUACUAUUCAGGUGGUACCCUUGAACGAUGUUUACAAGAGAAGAGUUGGACCGAUCUUCCUUGGAGGCAGUGGCCCGUUCAGAUUGGUCAUGGAUUACAAACUCUACAUUGCCGAGGUAUCACCCACAUGGAUCUCAAGCCUUCCAAUAUCGUCCUCGAUGAUCAUGGAAUUGCCGUCAUCAUUGAUAUCAGCGGUAUUGGUGGCGUCACUUGGAAUUGGCUUGCCCCCGAACUCCGCGAAAGGGUCGGCGCAGACGCACACUUCACAUUCGAGGAAGGGAGGGGAGGUGAUAUCUGGGCUUAUGGAAAGUUACUGGUGGAGAUUGCAAAGUCGGUGGGCAGAAUCGAAGGUGUGCAAAGGAUGUUUGAUAUUGGCACAGACAUUAUCAACCAAUCUCCUCAAUCGCGAACCAGCCUUCCGGAGCUGAUUUGGAGCCUUCAAUCCGAGGAACAGGAACACUUUCUUGUUGAAAAGAGACGCCGAUGGAAAACAGAGCAGGGUAGAUUGAAGUACGGUCUUUCGUCUCGCACGAGUCAUCAAAUCAAUUCAGUGAGUUGUUCAUCUAGCCUGGCUAAGCAAGCAGCAGGAUCGCCCGUUGUCAGUUGUGAGAGGAAGAAGUCUCGAAGGACCAUUAUCAGUGCACUCCGAGCACUAAGUUUGACAACUCACGCCGCCGGCGAAGCUCUCUUCUUCGGCAUCGACAGCUUGGAGAUUUCUUUUCUUCGGGAGGCCGGCGUCAUCUUCGCGUUAUACGCCGUGGGCACGAUCAUCUUUGCCUAUCUGGCGCUUUCUCAGAUCGAGGACACCAUGUACUUCAAGGAGGAUCACGUCGUGGUGCCUUUGGAGGUCAUCGAGAGCAAGCUGAUGCCCCAGGACAAUGUAAUCGAGGGGAGCGACCCGAUCUCCAGCCCGAUCGAGGUUGAUGGAGUGAAUACAGGAAGAUCCAAAGCAGGUGUCUCAGGCCAGGUGUCUCCGGCCAAGCUUGAGAAUUGA